GAGAAAGCUGGUGCACAGGCUUGCAGCGGAGCCCAUCGCAGUUGACUCUUUGAGCAGCCCACCCAUCUGCAGUAUGCAUGUUCGCCAGGGAAUCCGCGAAGCGCUCACGUCCCAGCAGUGUACUUCACCGACCAGAGACCAUCUACUCAAGAGUCGAGGAUAAUAAAAUUGGAUGUGGCAGGCGGACCGGAGGCGGAAAGCCCGGAGUGACCGGAGGAAUACAACAUUACUACAGGAAUACAGGCUGCCGCUCUCUUCUGAACGUGGACAAUCAUGCAUGUGCUCUUCUGGGGCUUGGGGUUCCUACUAUUCCCUGAUUUCUUGUAUGUAGUCGCAUCUACGGGGAAAUUGCUUUUGAAUUCAAGCAUAGUAAAAGAGGAGAUCAGCGCUUAUGAGAUUGUAACACCGGUGCGAGUGAAUGAAGCCGGUGACAAGUUUCCAACCAGUGUGCACUUCAAGAGGAAAAGACGAAGUUUGGACGAGAGCACCGACAAUACUACGGAUCACUGGGCCUCGCCAAAUAUCCACUACAGGAUAUCUGCUUUCGGACAGCAUUAUCACCUCAACCUCACGCUGGAUUCGGGAUUUCUCGCACCUCUCUAUACUGUGACAGUACUUGGAGUGCCCCAAGGAGAUAACAUAACGGAUUUUGCAACAGAUGGGGAUGUGGAGGAGGAGGACACGGAGUUAAGGCACUGCUUCUAUAAAGGACUUGUAAAUGCACAAGCAGAACACGCCGCGGUCAUCAGUUUGUGCUCCGGACUGCUUGGCACUUUUAGGUCUCCAGAAGGGGAGUAUUUUGUGGAGCCCCUACACAGCUAUCAAGGAGAACACUAUGAAGAGGAACACACAAAACCUCAUAUUGUAUACAGGAAGAGUUCACCAAAGAAACAGACAUCUGGGGAGAACUCAUCUUGUGACACUUCAGGACACAAACACAGACAUAAGAGACACAAGCUUAAGAGAAGGCCAGUGGCUGGGCUGACCACUAUAUCCAAUGCAGCCCCUGUGGUCAGCGCUGGUAUAUUUAAUGACUUGGUGUCACUGAGUGCUGGCCUUGCCAGCGAUGCUUUGCUCAGAUCAGAGAGCGGCAGUGCUACUGCUAGACCAUCAAAUGAUAGCAGUGGUGACUCAGGACCUCACAGGAGAUCAAAGCGCUUCCUCUCCUACCCGCGCUUCGUUGAAGUCAUGCUGGUGGCCGACAGCAAAAUGGUGGAACAUCACGGCAGCAACCUACAGCACUACAUACUCACAUUAAUGUCCAUAGUAUCUUCUAUCUACAAGGACCCUAGCAUUGGCAACCUGAUUAACAUUGUGAUUGUAAAGUUAGUCAUUAUAAACAACGAGCUGGAUGGUCCAGUCAUUUCAUUUAAUGCACAGACCACUUUAAAGAACUUCUGCAUUUGGCAGCAGAGCCAGAACAUUCUGGAUGAUAACCACCAUUCCCAUCACGACACUGCCAUCCUAAUCACCAGGCAGGACAUCUGCAGAGCAAGGGAUAAGUGUGACACCUUAGGACUUGCAGAGUUGGGGACGGUGUGUGAUCCAUACAGGAGUUGCAGCAUCAGCGAGGACAAUGGUCUCAGCACCGCAUUCACCAUCGCCCAUGAACUUGGCCAUGUGUUCAACAUGCCUCAUGACGACAGUAACAAAUGUAAGGAGGAUGGAGUUAAGAUUCAGCAACAUGUGAUGGCUCCCACACUUAACUACAACACAAACCCUUGGAUGUGGUCCAAGUGUAGCAGGAAGUACAUCACAGAGUUCCUUGACACAGGAUAUGGUGAGUGCUUGCUCGACGAGCCCGUUUCUAGGCCAUACAGUCUCUCGCAGCAGCUGCCUGGACGGAUAUACAAUGUCAAUAAACAGUGUGAAUUGAUAUUUGGGCAGGGAACGCAGGUGUGCCCUUAUAUGACCCAGUGUCGGAGGCUGUGGUGCACCAGUCCAGAGGGCGCUCAGCGGGGCUGCAGGACCCAGCACAUGCCGUGGGCAGAUGGCACUGACUGCUCUCUUGGAAAGCACUGCAAACACGGCAUGUGUAUACCUAAAGAGCAUGACGCUACACCUGUGGAGGGGGCAUGGGGAGUUUGGAGCCCUUUUGGUACCUGUUCGCGGACAUGUGGCGGGGGCAUCAAGAUCGCUGUGCGCGAAUGCAACCGACCUGUGCCAAGGAAUGGAGGAAUGUAUUGUGUGGGCCGCCGAAUGAAGUUUCGUUCCUGUAAUUCUGAGCCCUGCUCCAAGCAGAAGAAGGAUUUCAGGGAGGAGCAAUGUGCAGCUUUCGAUGGCAGGCACUUCAACAUCAACGGUCUACCUCCUAAUGUUCGCUGGGUGCCCAAGUACAGCGGAAUCCUGAUGAAGGACAGGUGUAAGCUGUUCUGCAGGGUGGCAGGCAGCACGGCCUACUAUCAGCUCAGGGACAGGGUCAUUGAUGGCACGCCGUGUGGACCCGAUACCAACGACAUCUGUGUCCAGGGCCUGUGCAGGCAAGCGGGCUGUGACCAUGUCUUGAACUCUAAAGCCAGGAGGGACAAGUGUGGUGUGUGCGGAGGUGACAACUCUUCCUGCAAAACUGUGGCAGGCACCUUCAACAUCGUCCACUAUGGCUAUAAUGAAGUAGUGCGAAUACCCAGUGGUGCUACAAAUGUAGAUGUGCGGCAACACAGCUACUCAGGGAAACCGGAGGAUGACAACUACCUCUCCAUAUCAAAUAGCCGUGGAGAGUUCCUGCUCAAUGGAGAGUUUGUGGUCAGUAUGUUCAAAAGGGAAAUCAAAGUAGGAAAUGCCGUCAUUGAGUACAGUGGCUCUGACCAUGUCAUUGAGAGGAUCAACUGUACUGACCGCAUCGAGGAGGAGAUCAUUGUCCAGGUGCUGUCUGUGGGGAACCUUUACAACCCAGAUGUCAGGUACUCCUUUAACAUCCCCAUAGAAGACAAACCUCAGCAAUUCCUCUGGGAUGCCUAUGGGCCCUGGCAGGAGUGCAGCCGCCUGUGCCAAGGAGAGCGCAAACGGAAGAUUCUCUGUAGCAGAGAGUCAGACAGGGUCGUGGUGUCAGACCAGAGGUGUCACGGUACAGCUAGACCUGCUGUCAUCACUGAACCCUGUAACACUGAAUGUGAACUCAGGUGGCAUGUGGCCCGUAAGAGUGAGUGCACAGCUCAGUGCGGCCUGGGAUAUCGUACCCUGGAAAUAUACUGUGCCAAAAUCAGCCGUACAGAUGGUAAAACCCAGAAGGUUGAUGACCGCUAUUGUAGCGGUCAGCGCAAACCUGAUGACAAGGAAGGUUGCCAUGGAGACUGUAACCCGGGUGGCUGGGAGUACUCCCCUUGGUCAGAGUGCACCAAGAGCUGUGGUGGGGGCACCCGCCGUCGAGGGGCAGUGUGUCGAAAGGCAGCCGAUGCUGACGGGGAUGAGAGCAAAUGCAGUCAAAGGGACAAGAUGACCGUCCAACCCUGUAAUGAAUUCCUCUGUCCACAAUGGAAGACUGGUGACUGGUCUGAGUGUCUUGUGACGUGCGGGAAAGGCUAUAAGCACCGUCAGAUGUGGUGUCAGUUUGGUGAGGACCGUUUAGACGACCGCUUUUGUGGCUCAUCUAAACCUGAGUCGGUGCAGAUGUGCCAACAGCAGGAGUGUGCCUCUUGGCAGGUCGGACCCUGGGGACAGUGCACUACCUCGUGUGGGCCAGGCUACCAGAUGCGAGCCGUGAAGUGUGUAGUUGGCUCUUAUGGUGCUGUCAUGGAUGACACUGAAUGUAAUGCUGCGACCAGACCCACUGACACCCAGGACUGUGAACUGGCCCAGUGUCCCAGCAGCCACCCUGUUCCCCCAGGGACUAAAGUCCCCUACAACCAGGGCCACAAAACCCAGUGGCGGUUUGGUUCCUGGACCCAGUGUAGUGCCAGCUGUGGCAAAGGGACACGUAUGCGCUAUGUGAGUUGCCGGGACAAUCAGGGCGGUGUGGCAGAGGAGUCGGCGUGUGCCCAUCUACCAAAACCCCUUGCCAGAGAAGUGUGCUCAGUUGUGGCCUGCGGACAGUGGAAAGUGCUGGAAUGGACAGUGUGCUCAGUAACCUGUGGCCAGGGAAAGACGACACGGCAGGUACUGUGCGUCAACUUCAGUGACCAAGAAGUGAAUGCUAUUGAGUGUGACCCAGACGAUCGUCCUACCACAGAUCAGGACUGUGCUAUGUCUCAAUGCCCGUCCCGCUCCAGUGAGUCCCGACCUUUCCCGUCCUCACCAAAUGCCAGUGCCAGGAAUAACCUGCCUCGCAGCCAAUCCCAGCAAUGGCGGACUGGACCCUGGGGCGCGUGCUCCAGCACAUGUGCAGGAGGUUUCCAGCGGCGUGUAGUAGUGUGCCAGGAUGAGAAUGGCUACCCUGCCAACAGCUGUGAGGAUCGCAGCCGGCCCAAUGAGCAACGAUCCUGUGAGUCAGGGCCAUGUCCUCAGUGGAUCUAUGGCAACUGGGGAGAGUGUACCAAGCCAUGUGGAGGUGGGAUAAAGACAAGGCUGGUGGUGUGUCAGCGUCCAAACGGCGAGCGUUUCAAUGAUCUGAGCUGCGAGAUCCACGACAAGCCACCAGAUCGUGAGCAGUGCAAUACUCAGCCAUGCCCGUCUAGCCCCCACUGGAGCACAGACCCAUGGAGCUCGUGCUCUGCCUCCUGUGGAAGAGGGUUCAAGUCCCGUAAGGUGGGCUGUGUGACUGGGUCAGGCCGCCCCGUCCCAGAGGAAAAUUGCCAGCAUCUGUCCCCUAAACCCAGCAAGCAGAGGCGCUGCAGAGGUGGUCGAUGUCCCAAGUGGAAGACUGGCAACUGGGGAGAGUGUUCAGCAUCGUGUGGCGACGGCAUCCGGCGACGGGAGGUGUUCUGCCAGGACGGAGCCCGACGGAGCCCACUGGAGACCGGCUGUUCUCAGCGCUCCAGACCGGCGUCCAGCCAGAGCUGCCGGGUCGCUGACUGCCCCUCUCGGUAUCGGUGGAGAGAAGGAGACUGGCAGACGUGCAGUAAGUCGUGUGGAGCAGGCCACCGACAACGAGCCUUGCAGUGUGUGGACCACGACCAGCAGGAGGUCCAUGAGAUCUACUGUGUGAACCAGAUCAGACCUCCAGACAUAGAGAGCUGUAACACCCACGCCUGUGAAUUGAUCUGGAUCACAGGGGAAUGGACCGAGUGCUCAGCCAGCUGUGGUCAGGGCUACCGCCAGCGUUUGAUCUCCUGCAGCGAGGUGCAUGUGGAGAAUGACAACUAUGAGUACAGCCAUCAGUCUUUGUCCAACUGCCCCGGGACCCCCCCUGAAAGCUACAUGCCUUGUCAUUUGGACCCAUGCCCGCCGCCACAGGAGUGGAGGGUUGGAAUCUGGGAACUGUGUUCAGUGAGCUGUGGUGAUGGAGUGAUGGAGAGGACGGUGCAGUGUGUGUCAGAAGAUGGUCAGGAAAGCAAUAGGUGUUCUGAAGAGGCCAUGCCAGAGGCCAGGAAAGUGUGCAGAAAUCCAAGCUGCCAUUUGCCUUCAAGCUGCCAAGACGUCCAGAGCAUGAACGGGCCCCUCCCAGACAGCGAACACUUCCUCAAUAUUCAAGGAAAAGCGCUCAUGGUCUACUGUGCCGGAAUGCAGACAGAGACUCCACAGGAGUACAUCACCUUGACUACAGGAGAAGGAGAGAAUUUUUCAGAGAUCUUUGGCUUCAGACUCAACGACCCCACUCAGUGUCCAGCCAAUGACUCCAGAAGAGAGGAUUGUGACUGUCGGAGAGACUACACCGCUGCCGGCAUCACCACGUUCUCCAGAGUCCGCCUGGACCUCAGCAAGAUGAACAUCAUCACUACAGAUUGGCAGUUUUCUGUCACCCGUGAAGGCAAGAGUGUUCCAUUUGCUACAGCUGGAGACUGCUACAGCGCCGCACGUUGUCCACAGGGGCGGUUCAGGAUCAACCUCUCAGGAACAGGUUUUAAAGUUGCGAAGGACUCCUCGUGGAUCUCCCAGGGCAACUAUGCAGUGGCUGAUGUACAAAAAUCACAGGAUGGCAGCAGAGUGUCAGGAAUGUGUGGAGGCUACUGUGGUAAAUGUACACCGUCCUCUGGCUCCAGUCUGCCUGUGACAGUGGAGUAGAUCUAAUACCAUCAAACAGCAUUUCCAUUCUUCUUGGCAGUCGUCUUCAGGUUGUCAUUGUGUCAAGACAUCCCUUCUCUUUGGUGCUACAGCCAAUUCAGAGCUCAAACCUGCCCUGACCUCUUUUACUCCCAUGUGUGUAUAGUGUAAAUGACUCUGGUGUAAGUACUGUACAUAGCAAGAUAAACAUGUCUUAUUUAUUGUACUCUCCAUUUAUUUUUGUAUUGUCAUAUAAUUUAACUGUUUUGUUGUCAAUAGCGAUCACCACACAGUUCCCAUUUAUCAUAUUUUCGCCAGAAUAUGCCUUCCAAUUUGGAUAUUUGCCAUUUGGACCUUUUAGUACUGACAUUACUCCGCACGACAUGUGUCACAGCCAUAUGUUCCUUUUUAGACCAAUUUAUUAAGUUAGUUUUAUUCCAAUAAUGAUAUUGUUGUGAUGCUCACCGGACCGUUAAUAGUCAGUGAGGUGUCUCCAAUCAGGGAGUCUUUUUUUAAAACCUUUAUCACUUCAGGCAGAUUAGCGGACACAUGCACAGACACGCACCAGUAUAAUCGUUGUCCUGUUUUGUACUGUGUGCCAUUGAGCAGCUCCUUACGAGGACUUUCUUGGUUUAGUGAAGUGUAGUGAAUUUCCCACUCAGAUGUUACCAGUAAGUCCAGUGAUCCUUCCAGUUCUAAGUUCUUGUGGGCAACUCUUGCUGUAAUUUCGUCCAGCUACUUCCAUUUAAUAAGCUACUUUACUUUGUGGCAGUCUACAACACUCAGUGCCUCACUCAUUAGCACACUUCUCAUCUCGGUACAUUUGAGGUGUUGUAUUUGUAGCCAAUCAUAUUCAUAAGCAGGUAUUGCAAACCAGCUGAUUGUGGUCAGGCUGUAGUAUAGUAUCAUUCUAAUUAUGUUUAGAUUAAAAAGAUCCAUUCAUGCUUUUGUCUGAGAUAAAAGUAAACGAUCAGCUGCAACCGCUUUGCAGUAAGAGGACAGAAGGUAUAGGAGAGCAAGUGUGAGGCAGUUAAAGGGUAUAAUAAUAAUAAUGUAUAUUCCUAGAAUGAGUUGGUGUGGAGGUGGGAUUUACAGGCCAGACUGGAGGAAGUGAGACGUUUACCCAUACACAAACAUUGUACACACACAAACACACUGGAAGUCAUUACUGGAUCACUGAAGAAGGUUGUUGGUUACAAGAACUGUAGAGAUUAUGCUGCCAGACAUCAGAGAGAACCAAAUUCCUCUGUGUUGUUGCGUAUCUCUCAGGUAGCGUGCAGUGACCAAGGGGAGCCAUUAGCCUUUAGCUUUUACAAAACAGACAGGUUAUCUUAUCUGGAGUAACUUGAAAGAAAGACUUCAGGCCAAUACAAUUCCAGUAGAUACUCCAGAGAUAUAAUGCACUGGUCUGGCCCUGGAGACACUUCUCAAACUGCUGAGCCCACAGGCCCCGCAGCAUGAUUUCUGUCCAGAUGCUGCCUGUAAACCGUUGCCUUCUGUACCUCACAUUCUUCUCUCCAUUUCUGUUUUUAAGGAGUCUAUCCAAACUGUACAUACUGAAUGCUUCUUUUUUUAGAGCAUUUUGAUGUGUUGUUUUUGUGACAAUAUCAGGUUACCUUUUGUGUAUAGGUAUGUUUUUGUAUCUCUUUAGUCAGGCUUAUGCAGUUUUGUGAGCAUACAUUGAAAGACACAAGAAGAAUUUAGACAGUAUAGAAGGAAAUACAAAAAUCAAUACUUUUUAUGUUCUUUAAGCCUUAGCUGUGCGUAUGGUAGAUUUGCAGGGGGCAUACUUUAUGUACAACUUUUUGAAGAAGCCAUAUUUGCUUUUGUAAGCCUUUCCGUAUAUGGGGCUAUUUCAGUGCCCUACUGUACACGAUAAUGUGCACACUUCAGUCAAAGGGAAUCACAGUCUUAAUCUGCCUCUAUACAAGUAUGACAUUAUCUUUAAAGA